AAUAAAAAUCAAUUUAAGUUAACUACGAUUUGAAAAUGUGGAUUAAUUUUUCCCUGUUUGAAUAUUAUGAACUUAUUUAUUACUUAAAAUAUCGUCUUGGAUCUCAGGAUGUAAAAGAGAGCAUAAAUGUAAUUUACCUUUGCAGUCUCUUUUUCAUUAUUUCAUACGUGAUUUUUCACAAAAUUGUCAAGAAAUUCCUAUUGAAACCAAAAAUAUCUUCAGAUAAACAUGGUGCUAUUAUAGAUGCUGCCUACAACAUUGUGUUCUUUCUCACUUCAACUUCCUUCCUGAUUUUAUAUCACGGCUAUUUCAUUAAGAAUGAGAUUAAUACAGAAAUUAAUGAAUUUAAUCCCAAAGGAAAAAGUUUGCUAUUCCAUAAAACUUGCGAUAUUAUUAAAUUUAAAAUAUUGACAUACAUCUUGAUUAGUUACAACAUUUUCUCUUUUUUCAAAGAUUUGUUUACUCGUGACAUUUCUAGCGCAAUCUCAAAUUUUCUUUUUGUUACUUUGUUAUUAACUUCAUUUUCCAACAGAUACGAAAAUUACACAGUUGUUCUGACUAUUAAUAUUGGUCUUUUUCAUGUAUUCACGAAGCUACUCUUAAUUCUAACGUUUAACACAAAGAAAAGUCAAACAAUGAUGUUUCGAAUGUUAGCUGGAUUUAAAUUUGCAGCAUGGAUGUAUAUGUUCCUCAGUUUUUUACCAUUUCAAUAUUUGUUGCCAUCUUUGGAUACAAAUAUUAAUGACUCAUUGUGUUUGAAUACUGUUUUCAUCAGUUGGUAUGUUUUCAAUUUAUGGACAUCUCCCAUGUUGAGAAUUUUCUAUCAUCAACUUUACCAUUUGACAAUUUCGGAUUGUCCCGGAGGGAAUUCCUUAAGUCGAUGUAUAUUACUUAAGGAUUCUCCGGAAUUUGAGCAUCAAAUGAAACUGAAACAAGCUUAUUUAGAUGUCCGCCUUCACAAUCAGCGACAUAUACUCAAUAAAUUAAAUCUUAGUGAAUCUGCUGCAUCUUGUUCAAGUUCCACAGCAUUCCAAACUAUCAAAUGUGUUUUAUCAUUGAAAAGAAAAUUAAAAAGAAUUCGUGAAAAUCAUAAAACUGUACAAAACAAUAAUUAA